AUGGUGGACUUCAUCGAAAUCGAUGGUCGAACUGUCAUCAUCAGUAGUUGCAGUACUGGUAUCACCAUCAAUACGGCUAGUGCUCAUAAUACUGAACUGGCACGCUUCAAGGUCGACAUCGCCGCACUCAGUGAAAUUCAUUUCUCCGAUGAAGGCUAUGUAGAAGAGGUGAGUGCCGGUUACACCUUCUUCUAUCGUGGCCGUCUGAAGGCAGAACGACGUGGGGCCAGCGUCGCCUUUGCCAUCCAGACCGACAUUGAGGAGAACGCCUCCGUGGAGAAUCGAUGGCGUCAACUACGGAACACUGUUCAAUCCAUCGUCCAACGCGUCCUUAGCCGCGUACGCCACCAACACCAGGACCGGUUCAACGAGAAUGGUGCAGUCAUCAGCCAUCUGCUCGCCGAGAAGAACUGCCUACACAAAGCCUACAGAGCCACGAAAUCAGCCUUCUACCAAAGUCGCCGUCUUGUGCAACAACGGCUGAAGGAAAUACAGGAUCAGAAGAAAGAGGAGCGUCCACCGGGAAAUGUUGAUUACAAGCUUGACGUUUCGGGCUUGCAGCAACUCUCCAGUGAAAAAGCAUCCGGAUCCGAUGCGAUCCAUGCGGCGAUCUACAAAUAUGGCGGCUACCAACUUACAUCCAACCUAACCAGGCUCUUCCAGGAAAUGCAGCGUCAAGGGCAAGGCCCCCAGAACUUCAAGGACGCCACAAUUGUCCACCUCUACAAGCGAAAGGGGAACCGCCAACUUUGUGACAAUAAUCGCGGAACCUCGCUGCUCAAUAUCGCUGGCAAAAUCUCCUCUCGUGUUCUAAUAAACAGUUUCAACAACGACCUGGAACAAAAACUUUUGCCAGAAAGCCAGUGUGGUUUUCGUCGUCAUCGCGGCACUACCGACAUGAUCUUCGGCACACGACAGCUGCAGGAGAAGUGCCAGGAAAUGUGCACCCACAUUUACACCACGUUCGUGGACCUGCCGAAAGCUUUUGACAGGGUGAAUUGA